GAUAUUUAUGUUAUGUUCAUUAUUAAAGUGGAAGGUGGGGAUAUACAGUUUCCAUUAGCAGUACCGUCUGGUUAUCAUUAAGAAUUACAGGUUGAAGUCUUUCCCUAGAGUCUCCGAGGUAUAAAUGAGUAAGAGCUGCAAUCAAACCAUCCAACACAUCUGUUUCAGGGUGGAGUUUUAAUGUUUUGAUGUCAGAAUGAAGAGCAGGAUACCUCUCAUUCUUCUAGCUUGUGGCUCCUUUAACCCCAUCACAAACAUGCAUAUGCGUUUGUUUGAGCUGGCUAGAGAUCACCUGCACCAAACAGGAAGGUAUCAGGUGAUUGAAGGCAUAAUGUCUCCUGUUAAUGAUGACUACAGAAAGAAAGGCUUGGUGUCAGCAAGGCACCGGAUAGCAAUGGCUAAACUAGCGCUGGAGACAUCUGACUGGAUUCGAGUUGAUCCAUGGGAGAGUGAACAGGAGACUUGGACAGAGACAGUAAAAGUAUUAAGGCACCAUUACAAUGAAUCACUCAGAUUGCUCCAGUCGAAGAAGGAAUUCAUGAAAAACAAGCGGCCCAUAGAAAGACCUACAGAGGAUUCCCUUUCUUACCAGCACUCAGUUCUACCAGAAUUAAAGCUGCUCUGUGGGGCUGAUUUUCUACAGACAAUUAAUACACCCAAUCUCUGGAAGGAAGAACACAUCAAAGAAAUAGUGGAAAAGUUUGGUUUGGUCUGUGUUAGCCGUGCUGGCUCUGAUCCUGCUCGGUAUAUCAAUGAAUCAGACCUUUUAACUAAAUUUCAGCACAAUAUCUUUCUGGUGAAAGAAUGGAUUCAGAAUGAAAUCAGUGCAACACAGAUACGCUAUGCCUUGUGCAGAGGAUUAAGUGUAAAAUAUCUCAUACCAGAUUCUGUUAUAUCCUACAUUGCACACCAUAAUAUCUACACAGAAGAGAGUGAGCGGAAGAAUGAAGGUGACUUGCUUCAGCCUCUUAAGUUGCAUAACACAACACUAAACCCUCUAAAUGACUGAUGUCUGUAGUGUGUGAAGUGGACAGACCUGGGGUUUUUUCAUGUAAAGUUCUUGAGAAGGUUGUUUCUCGUUAAUGAAGGGAAAGUACAUCAGUCCAAAAUUUCUUGAAUUCAUGUGGUGGUUUAAAUUCAUGGUUUUGUGUGUGGUAGUGCUUAAGCAAAUCGGGAUGCUCAGCUGCAUAGCCUAAAAUAUAUAAAGAACAGCUUCCUCGUGAAAAUAAAUGAAAUAAGAUCUUAACAGUAAAUAUUAAUCUCCAGUAAUACUUAAGGGUCAAACAUAGUACUUUCCUGAAUUGUAAUUCUGUAAUCCUACAGACAGUUUUAGCAUGAAGAUGCCUUACUGUUCUGAAGCAGCAAAAUAAAACGAACCAUAACUUUUC